GUCCGUACGAACCCGUCGGAGCUCAGUUAUGCUUUGAUAGUCGCCCAGGAACGUCGUUCGUUCGGUGGUGUCGUGGGCUCGUUUUUAGUUUUGGACCUCGCGCGCGCAUUUCUUAGUCAGUUUAACUUUUUUUUUACCUUUUAUUGACUUUACUACUUCUUUCGGCGAAGCAGACCAAAAACGACGACGAGGACGCCGGUUCCUAUUGGAACAGCUUUUACGAAUUUUGGCUGUUGUGAAAUUUCGGGUUAGAGGUGUGUGCUAUCUUGUAGUGGUUUUUUUUUCGUUGUUUUUUGAGUGUGCGUUUAUUUUAUCUACACGUUGUGCGAGUUGCGUUUCCUCGCGAUAGUGAAUGGAAGAGAACAUUUAAAGUUGCUUCGAGUUAAUGAGAUUCCCGAGCUUGCCAAGUGCAACCGAGGGUGUUUCGUUUUAACGUGCACUCAUGAUCAUUCUGUGCUGUGCGCCAAAAAAGAAUCGGAAAUUAAGUGAAUGGAUUAGGUGGCUUUAGCGGAGUGCUUUGCGCAACACGUUUUGGAGCUUGUAAAUUAGCAUAUUUUUUGCCUCAGUGCUCGAACAACCUUCGAAACGACGGGCGCAGUAUUAAAAAAGCGUGUCGGAACUAAGUGACGUGUGAAAGUUCCAGCGAAAAAAAAUACGCGCCAGAUCAAAAUCGUCAUCGUCAUCGUCAUCAAAGGCGCCGGCUCAGCCACAUGUGCGCCUAAUACGCACAACUCAAAAGCUCCAUUCACAAAAAAUACACCCUUCAAAACCAUCAAUUGGAUAAUCCGAUUCAGAGAGCACAGCUUGGCCACACACUGGUUGACACCGGGUUUCGGUGGAAGCGUAAAGAGACUGAAAGAUGGCUCCACAAAACGCGAUAGAGAUGUCCACGAAGCAGCCGGACGGGGAGAAUGGCACCAAAAAGGUACAGAAUGGCGAUAACAAACAGGCCAAGAAUGCGGAACCACCGACGACCUCUGUUGUCGUUCCUCCGGACGGAGGCUGGGGAUGGCUAGUGAUGAUAGCAUCUUUUCUGUGCAAUACCGUGGUUGAUGGUAUCGUGUUCAGCGCCGGAAUGUUCCAAGAUCCCAUCCGGUUAGAUUUUGGCGUUGGUAAAGCAGAGGUUGCAUUGGUUAGUUCUCUUCUAAGUGGUUUUUACUUGCUGACUGGACCUUUCGUUAGCGCAUUGGCGAAUCGUUGGGGAUUUCGUCCGGUAACCAUUAUCGGUGCCGUUAUCGCAUCCAUUGGAUUUGUUCUGUCGUAUUAUGCACAAAGUCUGGGUUUCCUGUAUGUUACCUAUGGUGUCAUCGGUGGAAUAGGAUUCUGUUUUAUCUAUGUUCCGUCCGUAAUCACUGUGGGAUAUUACUUUGAGAAGUGGCGCGCAUUGGCAACCGGAAUUGCUCUCUGUGGAUCGGGUGUUGGUACUUUUGUGUUUGCUCCGUUGAGUUCGAUGUUGAUCGCUCAAUUCGGCUGGAGAGGAGCUCUUCUGGUGCAAGCUGCCAUUAUUUUGCUGUGUGCUCUAUUUGGUUGCAUAUUCAGACCUAUUCAGCCAAUCACCGUUACGUUGACUAAGGAUGAAGAUACUCCGGCUGAAAAGGGAUCACUUUUGGGAGAUGGACUUCCUGUCGUCUACACCAGACCGUUGCCAGAAGGACGUUUUGCCUACUCAGUGCCAAACAGCUCUCACAACACGUGGAUGGGUGCGAGUCCAAACACGCAAUAUCCAACAGCUGCUGAAGUAUUCCGAGGCAGUGGUCACAAUCUCGAGCGUAGACCAUCGAACCAAUCAGGGUUACUUACUCACGAAAAUAUUCAAACCACUACCAAAAAAUUGGAACAACUGUCCAAAAUUCAGAAGCGUCUGGCUGGCCAGAUGACACCGGAAGACACCAUCCACGCUCCUCGGUUCCCAAUUCCUCACCACGAGCUCAACACUGUCGGAGAGGCAGAAGAAGAAGAAACCGAAAAUGGAACUCUGCUCACCGGAGAACAGAAAACGACUCUAGUUGUUCCAACUUCUGCACCAGGCGCAAGACAGCGAAGUCACACAGUAUCUGGCCGAAGGCCAAAUGAAGCUGGAUCGCGGCAAGGUAGCCGACGUGGUACUCUGACAGACGGCACACGGCCAAUGUAUCGAGAUGACAUCUUCUUCACCGGAUCCCUCGUUCGUAUUCCACAGUACCAGUCGACUACGUCCCUGGGCUAUCACAUGUCUGUUACCCGACUACCAACUCACACCGAUGUCGAGGAAGCCGAGGAUCAGUCAUGCAAAAUCUGCCCGGAAGCCGUGCGACGCACGCUGGCCACCAUGUUGGACAUGACCCUGCUAAAGUCACCCUCGUUUAUGCUGCUGGCAGUGAGUGGUUUCUUCACGAUGAUGGGCUUUUUCGUUCCGUUUAUGUACAUCUCCCAGCGGGCCACCUCCGGAGGAAUGGACUCAAACGUAGCUCUUUAUAUUGUCUCUGCUAUUGGUAUUUCCAACACAAUUGCUAGGAUCGUUUGUGGCUUCCUGAGUUCUUUCAAAAGUGUUAACGCGCUUCAUCUCAACAACGUGGCCAUCACCAUGGGUGGACUUGCCACGAUGGCGAGUGGUCUUUACAUCACCGAAGCAUACCAAUUCACGUAUGCGGCCAUAUUUGGACUUGCCAUUGCAUGCUUCUCGGCACUGCGUUCAAUUCUUGUUGUUGACUUGAUGGGUCUGGAGAAACUAACAAAUGCAUUCGGUAUUCUAUGUCUGUUCCAAGGACUGGCGGCAGCUAUUGGUGCGCCAAUUGCAGGAUUUUUCACCGACCUCACGGGAAGCUACGAUGUGUCGUUUUACAUCAGCGGAGCUCUCAUCACCAUUUCAGCGGUUCUGUGCUACCCAUUGAACAUGGUCAACAAGUGGGAAAAGAAACGUGCCACGAAUAAAAAAGUCGUCCCAGCGUAGAGCGUUGUCUGUACACCGAAAAGACAACCAAUGAGUGUCCGAAGUACUUACUGAACAUGCAAGCCCAAGACGCAUGGGAAAAUACUGUUGAGUUCCAUACUAAACAUUGAUUAAGAUUGAAAACCUCAGUGCCUUAGCAUAAAUGUUGGAAAACUUCCUUAAAACAAUAUACUAAGAACCCACUUGAAAUGUGAGUAGACUGUCGUAUAGAUUAGAAUAUAAUUCGAAUCAAUAUUUUUAAGCAGGGAAACUGCCGUUCUGCUCAUGAUUGUCCCAUGUACAUAAGAAACUUCCCGCAUUACGGGAUUGCUACGUGUAAAAUGGCAGUGAAUGAAUCGAAAAUCUGUUACGAUAAAUGAAAUGGCUCAGAUGAAA